AUGACGAUUUUCCUCUGGUUCUCCGCCUGGACCCCGUACGUGGUCAUCAACUUCAUCGGAAUCUUCUUUCCGGACAAAAUCACACCCAUGAUCACCAUCUGGGGUUCCACGCUGUCCAAGGUCUCGGCCGUUUACAAUCCCAUCGUCUACGGCAUCAGUCAUCCCCGUUACAAGACCGCACUUCGUGACACAUUCCCGUCUCUCUCGUGCUUCGUCGGCAAGCCGGAAGAUGACGCCAAGUCAGUCGUCACGACGGAAAGCGGCGACACCAACCGGCAGGUUCAGGAAACGGUCGCGUGA